CCCCUGGGGACUGGACCAUUAGUGCUGCUGUGCUCUCUAGUCAAUGUGCUUUGCAUUUAGCUGCUGUUCCACUCCCAUUCUCUGUACUCUGAUCCCAGUUUACUAUACCCUUUGGCUGGCUGCUGUUGUGCCACCCAGUCAUUAUAUUCUGCCUGGCUGCUGCUGAUCUGCAUUUCACAUUGUGCUUGGCUGCUGGGCUUCACACUUAGGCUGUGCUCUAGACAUUGUGCCUGGCUGCUUCUGUGCAAUCGGACUGUGUUUUCAGUCAUUAUUGUAUCUUGCCUUGUUUGCUGCUGCUUGUGUUUUCUCAGAUUGCCCUUUACAGUGUGUUCCUAACUGUGCCCAGUCAUUGUUCUUUGUGCUUCCAGCAUUGUACGCACUGCCUGACUUUACACCUAGCUACUGUUCUCCUUACUAGACUGUGGGGACUGUGCUCUGUGGGGCUUUGCUCUCAGCAAUUAUACGCUUUGCUUCCAGGUAUUGUACCCCGUAUCUGGCUAUUGCGCUGCCCCAACCCCUGUAUUCUGCAAAUAGCAGCUGUAUUCUACGCAUGUAAUACUACCAGUGGCUGCUGUGUUCCUAUUCCCAACCAUUGUGCUGUGCGCCCCCAUUCAUUGUACCGUGAGUCUGAGCCCAUUCAGCAUGCUCAGUGUAUUCCUCUAGUCUUCCUUAUUGUGCCUGUUACUCCCUUGUUGCUUUCCAGGUGUUUUUUUUCACCCUUACUGUGCCUCUCUGUAGGAUCUGGUAUUCUCUCUUUUCCCUUCUGUACCUGCCUUACUCUGCCAUUUUAUAGCAAGUCCCGAUUAUUUGCUCAUAUCCUUUAAAACGAAUCCCUCGUUUUUUUUUUUCUUUCUCAGUUUUCCCCCACUAGGGCCACUUCCUCUCUGUUGUGUGGGGUUUGUCACUGUAGGCUGCAGUUUUUCUGUGUGACUUUAUUGGAUAUUCGCUUCCUUCAUCCUGCCUGCUUUAGUGCCCUGUUUGUAUUGUCCCUAGGUGCUGCUAUUUGCUUCCUCAGACUACUUCCUUCACCCCAGUAACACAUCUGUUUCUGCCCCUGGGUUCUUAGGAUGGCUCCUUUGUUGACAUCAAGCCCAAUCUUUCUGCAAACUUCAGCAGAGUAAUCACAAAUCUCAGGUUACCUCUUGGAGAGACUGCACCCUAUCCUUAAAGGGAUUUACAUUUUUGCUUGAGUGUUGGUAAAUCGGCUGUGGUUAAGAGAACAACUGGAAAAUGUCCACUCCUAACAGGUUCAAGAAAGACAAAGAAAUAAUAGCAGAAUAUGAGAGUCAAGUGAAAGAGAUCAGAGCUCAGCUGGUGGAGCAGCAGAAAUGCUUAGAGCAACAGACAGAGAUGAGAGUCCAACUCCUCCAAGACCUGCAGGACUUCUUCCGCAAGAAAGCCGAGAUCGAGACGGAGUAUUCAAGGAAUCUAGAAAAACUGGCAGAAAGAUUCAUGGCAAAGACCAGAAGCACAAAGGACCAUCAGCAAUACAAAAAAGACCAGAAUCUGCUGUCUCCAGUAAAUUGCUGGUACUUACUUUUAAACCAAGUACGAAGAGAGAGUAAAGAUCAUGCAACGCUAAGUGACAUUUACCUUAAUAAUGUGAUCAUGCGCUUCAUGCAGAUCAGUGAGGAUUCAACAAGGAUGUUCAAAAAGAGUAAAGAAAUUGCAUUUCAGCUUCAUGAGGAUCUAAUGAAAGUUCUUAAUGAGCUAUACACGGUCAUGAAAACCUAUCACAUGUAUCAUGCAGAAAGCAUCAAUGCUGAAAGCAAAUUAAAAGAGGCUGAAAAGCAAGAGGAGAAGCAAAUUGGAAGGUCGGCAGACCCCGUGUUUCAUUUGCGGCUGGAAGAUAAGCACCAAAGAAGAAGCUCAGUUAAGAAGAUAGAGAAGAUGAAAGAGAAGCGUCAAGCCAAAUACUCAGAGAACAAGCUAAAGUCCAUUAAAGCACGAAAUGAAUACCUGUUAACGCUGGAAGCUACAAAUGCUUCAGUUUUCAAAUAUUACAUUCAUGACCUUUCAGAUUUAAUUGAUUGCUGUGAUCUUGGGUAUCAUGCAAAUUUAAACCGAGCCAUGAGAACGUAUCUGUCUGCGGAAUACAACCUUGAAACAUCACGGCAUGAAGGACUGGACAUUAUAGAAAAUGCCGUUGACAACUUGGAGCCCAGAAACGACAAGCAAAGAUUUAUGGAAAUGUACCCGACUGCUUUUUGUCCACCAAUGAAAUUUGAGUUUCAGCCUCACCUUUGUGAUGAGGUUUGUCAAGUCAGUGCUCAGCAACCUCUACAGGGAGAACUCAUACUCCGGUACCAGCAGCUUCAAUCUCGACUGGCAACUCUCAAGAUUGAAAAUGAGGAGGUAAAGAAAACAACAGAAGCCACUCUACAGACUAUCCAAGAUAUGGUGACCAUCGAGGAUUAUGAUGUAUCUGAAUGUUUUCAGCAUAGUCGUUCAACUGAAUCCGUAAAGUCCACAGUCUCUGAAACAUACUUAAGUAAGCCAAGCAUAGCAAAAAGGCGAGCAAACCAGCAAGAAACAGAGCAGUUUUAUUUUAUGAAGUUCAGGGAACACCUUGAAGGAAGCAAUCUCAUCACAAAACUCCAAGCGAAGCAUGACCUGCUUCAGAGGACUCUCGGAGAAGGAAAGGGUCAUAGAGCAGAAUACAUGACUACAAGGCCUCCACAUGUACCCCCUAAACCCCAGAAACAAAAGAAGCCCAGACCCCUGUCCCAAUAUAUUACUAAGUUGUUUUACGGGGAUCUGGAAUCCUUCAUCAAGGAAUCUGGGCAAAUAAUCCCCCUUAUUGUGGAAAGUUGUAUCAGAUUCAUUAACUUGUACGGCCUGCAGCAUCAGGGUAUAUUCAGAGUAUCGGGUUCUCAGGUUGAAGUAAAUGAUAUAAAGAAUGCUUUUGAAAGAGGUGAAGAUCCUUUGACGGAUGACCAAAACAACCAUGACAUUAACUCUGUAGCUGGCGUUCUGAAGUUGUAUUUCCGGGGCCUAGAAAACCCUCUCUUUCCUAGGGAAAGAUUUAACGACUUAAUAUCUUGCAUCCGUGUGGAGAAUCUCUAUGAGAGGGCAAUCCACAUCCGCAAAAUUCUCCUGACAUUGCCCAGGACCGUCCUCAUAGUAAUGAGAUACCUAUUUGCAUUCCUCAAUCACCUUUCUCAGUACAGUGAUGAGAACAUGAUGGACCCCUACAACUUGGCGAUCUGCUUUGGUCCAACUCUAAUGCCUGUUCCAGACGUACAAGACCAGGUGUCUUGUCAGGCCCAUGUGAAUGAAAUUGUUAAAACCAUCAUCAUCCAUCAUGAGAAUAUUUUUCCAGAUGCAAAGGAGUUGGAGGGUCCAGUUUAUGAGAAAUGCAUGGCUGGGGAUGACUAUUGUGAUAGCCCAUACAGUGAGCAUGGCACAUUAGACGAAAUAGAUCAUGAUGCUGGCACAGAGCCCCACACAAGUGAAGAUGAAUGUGAGCCAAUUGAAGCCAUUGCAAAAUUUGAUUACAUUGGAAGAUCCGCAAGAGAACUUUCCUUUAAAAAAGGGGCAUCUCUCCUUUUGUACCACCGAGCAUCUGAAGAUUGGUGGGAGGGAAGACACAAUGGCAUAGAUGGCCUUGUUCCGCAUCAGUACAUUGUGGUUCAAGAUAUGGAUGACACAUUUUCUGAUUCGCUGAGUCAGAAGGCUGACAGUGAAGCCAGCAGUGGGCCUAUAACAGAAGAUAAGUCGUCAUCCAAAGACAUGAACUCGCCAACUGACCGGCAUCCUGAUUUAUAUAUAGCCAGACAAAGAAGAAGAGCUGAACCCACACCUCCAUCUCGGCGAUCAGGCAGGACAAGUGAUGUACACUGCCCUCUGCACCCUCCUCAGUCUAUCAACAACACUUCUAUGGAGUUCGGAUCUCCAAAUAUCUCAAGUCAUUGUAGCCCAAGAGCACUUCUACAGAAUCGAAACUUGAACACGGAUAGCCCAGAACGCAGACGAAAGCCAGGUCAUGGAAGUCUGACCAACAUUAGUCGGCACGACUCUAUAAAGAAAAUUGACAGUCCCCCUAUUCGAAGGUCCACAUCCUCAGGACAAUACACAAGUUUUAAUGACCAUAAACCACUUGACCCAGAAAGUAUAGCUCAGCAGGAUAUUGAAGAGACCAUGAACUCGGCUCUGAGUGAACUGCGUGAGCUGGAAAGACAAAGUACUGCAAAGCAUGCUCCUGAUGUAGUGUUGGACACACUAGAACAAAUGAAAAACGCACCCAUCCCUGCAACAUCAAUAGAGUCACUAAGCCCUCUACAUAAUGUGAUGUUGAAGAGCACAGAGCCUCAAAUCCGCCGCAGCACUAGUACAUCUAGUGACACAAUGAGUACCUUUAAGCCCAUGGUGGCACCUAGAAUGGGAGUCCAGCUGAAACCACCUGCAUUAAGGCCAAAACCUAUUGUUCUUCCAAAAACUAAUCCUGUAAUAGGACCAUCUCAACCGUCACAAGGCCAAGCAGAUAAAUCUUGCACAAUGUAAUAGUACAAUAUAGUAUGAUAGGGAAUCAUAAAGUUCCUGCAUCAUGCAUAUGCAUGUCUAUAACUGAAAAUGCCAUGUUUGUACUGGAAGUAGAGUGAUAACUCAAACUUUUCUAGGGCAUUUAGAGAAAAAAUAAAAAAAGACUAUUAUAUGUGUUGUUUACAACUGUACAGACACAUAGAUGUUACUUGAAGAUACAAUGCUGCACAAUUUGUAUAGAUUGCAACAUAGAUCACAAAUGGCUUCCCACUUUUAAAAUAUAUCAAAGAUUUGCCAUGAGUUGUGCAUAAACCCUGGGUAAUUUGAAAUCAGAGAUGCCAUUUUGUUUUAUUUUACAACUCAUAGUGAGUCCAAAAUCUAUAGUUAAAGUCUGUAUGAAUUACAGGACAACCUAACAAAACAAACAACAACCUGGAAGCAUUUUGUGUAAUAAAACGUCUAAAUAACAUUCCUUGGAGGCCUUACUCUGCUGUUUAAACCUCUUCGUAACUGGAUUCACUUUCUAUACAAGUGUAUCUUUGAAGAGCUUAAGAUCAAAAUUAAGAGGCUUUUAAUGAGGGAUUGGAUUUACGAUAACCACUGUUAAAAAUUGUUGUAUCUCUGUAUGUUCAUUGUGGUUGAGUGUGCUUCAUCAAGGAUAAUCAAAUGGAGAUUUUAUGUAUAUAGUAUACAUUGCAUGUGUUGUGAAUAUAUAGGUAUGUGUGUAAGUGUCUCUAUAUAUUUAUAUGUAUAGAGACAGAUAUGUAAAAAAGGGGGACGUGUGCACAUGUACAUUGUACAGAGACGGAACUCAUUUUUUUUUCCGUACAAAUAUAUAUUUGACUCUGAUGUGUUCUCUUGUCACAAAGCUGACAAUGCUUAAAGUUUGAAUGAAUCCUGGAUAUUUAGGUCAGCAAAGUGUAUAGUCAAAAAAAGUAAAGCAAUUUUAACAGUGUUAUUGCUAAUCUCAGUCAAGUAAGGGAAUGACAAAUGUGGUAUCCCUUGCAGAAUGCUGUACAAUAUAUUUAAUCCAUUCAGUUUUUCUACAUGUAUAACUAUUUUUUUUAGUAUAAUGUUGUUGAGCAUUUUCUUUCAGUUAGUAAGAUUUAGUCAUUAGAUUAUUAAUAGAAUCUAAGCUAUUUUUUGCAUUGGGUAUUCUCCUCUCUAGUUAUGUGUUGACACAUAUGUAGAGGGGUGUCCACGACUUCAAAUCUUAUUGCUAUGUAGCAUGUGCCUAAAAUGUCUCUUUCUUUCUUUUUUUGCCUAAAAACGUAUGCAGGUACUGCUACAUUCUGUUUCCAUCUUUUAUCAUGUAAAACCUUUUUUAUAUUCAUGUUAUUGAGUUGUAUAUUUUUUAUACAUUUGUUAUUUUACAUAGCAGCACAGUUAUUUGUAUGGCUUUUCUUCCCUAGUACAUCGCAAGUUAUUUUCAAGUGUUUAAAUAUGGUUUCUUUUUAGUUUAGUAGAAUAUGCUGGUCCAGUUAUGCAUUCUAAAGAGAUAGCAAAUUCUGCUGUCUAUUCAGCUGGGACUUGCAAUACGAUUCUAUCUAUAGACUGCUCCAACUUCAAUUAUUCUGCUGCAUUUGGGAGAAUUAUCCAGAGAUGUGGGCAGCCAUCCUAUGUUGUAAAAUUAGGCCAUUAAAAAAACAAACUGAUGGCUUUUUAUGCUACUGAGUCCUGUAUUUUUUCAGCACUACUGUAGUAAUCCUUUUUAGAAUGAAGAUGUAGAAAAUACACUAACACUACAAAGGUGCUAGCAUGAAAAAGCAGCGGUUUGUGUCCGUUAGAUUUAUACCUCUUCACUGCAGCCGGGAGCCCAUAGCUGAUGCUGAGCUCUGUAGCUCGUAGAAAAGAAGCUUACUUGAACAUCACAAUCACAUGAUAAGAGAUGGAGACACAUAGCUCAAAGACACAAACUGGAAUCACCUGGUGUUAUAAAAGCACAGGACUAACCUGGUACUGUUGUUCAUAUGGUUUAUAAAGUUGAAUACUUUUCUUUAAAUUGAGUAAAAAAACAUUUUUCAAAUAAGUGUAAUAGACGGCAUCAUUAGAAUUAGCGUAGUACAAUAAUCUAUUAGAAUUUGUGCAUAAAGUGCGCUGCUAGCACAUUCAUUCAAGUUAAAUGUGUAGUUUGAUGGUUAUUGGUAUUUUGAGUACUGUAUUUGGAUAUGUUCUAUGGGAGCCCAACGCAAAUGUAUACAACACAUUCCCUAUAGAGGCCUUUAGGAGUCAUCCCAUGCUGCUUAGUAUGGGUACAGAAAAAAACCCGCGCAGCCAUUUGUCAGUAUUUGUCUAUUUACUGUCGGAUUUCUGAAUUGCAGUACUAGUAGCAUUAUUUUUGUUGACUGUUAACUAUAUUUGUGUCAAUGUACAUCCAUAGUAUGUACAUGUGAAAGUGCCUUUAAACAUUUAGAGGAACUUCAACCUUUUACUCUCCGAGUAUUACAUUGCCAUUGCUUUCAGCCCCAUUGUCAGACAAAAAAAAAAGAGAAAUUGAUAAAAAUUAAAAAAGUUCUUGAAAAAACUGUACUGUUAUAUGUUGUGAUGAUGCACUUUUAUGUAGAGAACUGUACAUUUGGCAUGUACCAUUACAGGCUUCAGUAUACAUCCAGGUUUGUUCCUCUGUAGUAUUUCUUUAUAAUAAAGGAUAUAGUUACGUCAA